AUGGUGGGCAUUCCUUGUAUCAUCAUUCCUAUCCUCCUUUGGAUCUACAAAAAAUUCCUGGAGCCAUAUGUAUAUCAUCUAAUCUCACCUUUUGUUAAUUGUCUGUGGUCUAAAAAGGGUCUAAAAGAAAGCUCUAUUGAGAAAAAAGACAAAAGAGACUAUAAGAUUGCAGAAACAAAUGGAAUCUCUACACCAGAACCAACAGAAAGCUGCAACAAAAAGACAGAUUAAAACUAUUUGUACAAAGGAUGUCUUUGCUUUAAAAAUGGAACUGAUGAAAUGGAGCAACUACUCUGAUAUUGUC